UUCAGAAGCCGUGUCAAAAUUGAAAGCCCUCAAAAAAUUUAUGCUACAUUUAAAUAAUUAAUCGUUAAAUAUUUUAAUAGACAAGCCGUUAUGUGAAUCAUAUUUCCAUUCAGAAUUUUAUCAUAUAAAAAUAUUUAUUAAAAAUGAAUACAAAGCGUGAAAGAAUGAAAGAGAAUCAUAGCAUCCCAAUGUCGGCUAAAACCAAGGAAUUUCUACAGAAGAUCUGUUACCGUGAUACAGUUUCUGUAGAUAUGACAAAGCAUGGCUUCAUCAAAGAUGGAAAAGCGUGUCUCUUAGAACUAUUAAACAAUAAAACGGGAGAUGCAACAAAAAAAUGUGAAAAUGGUGAAAAAAAAGUAACUCAAAAGCCAACAACACGGCAAGGUGGAGAUAAACAAGAAGUUACCGAAGUUCAAUUAACUGAUCCUCUAACGAAAAUAGCUGCUAAACAAAAAAUUAAAUCAACAAAAAUCAUCAGGGCUCCAUGAUUAAUUUGUAAGGUUCUCUGCCAUUGCCUGCAUAAAUUAUGUUAAACGUUUUAAAUUGGUAACAUAUUGAGUUUAAUGGGUAUUUAUUAUUUAAUAUUAAAGACAUAAACUACAAUCUAAAAUAUUUAAACUUUAUACGAUCAUCUGAAUUAUAACAUAAAUACAAUUUUCAAAAAAAAAAAUUCGUAUAACCACAAUCUUGAAGCAUUUAUUUUCUUAAAUCUAAAACCUAUUAUAACAAUAAAAAUAUAUAAGUUGAAAA